UUUUUUGUUUCGGCCGGCUUCGUUCCUCUCUGUCUCCGCACAGCUCAGCAGCGGCAGCACUGCUCAAACCACCGCCCACCAACCAACAACGCAUAUCCACCCCCACCUCGCUCGCGUUGACGUCCUUCCUUCCAUCACAACCCCCCUCCACACACACACACACACAAAAAACCAGCGAUGGCGUACUCCAUGCAGAUGGUCGAGAACUUCAAGGAGGCCUUUGCCCUCUUUGACCACAAGAACCAGUCUGUCAUCGACGUCGAGAGCCUCGGCCGCGUCAUGCGUGCUGUUGGUCUUGACCCAUCUGACGAUGAGCUGAAGAACAUGAUCACAGAGGUCGACGGCUCAGGCAAGAACGCUGUCGACUUUGCCGAGUUCAUGAAGAUGAUGUCCAAGCACGGCACUGACACAGCACGCGAGGUCAAGGAGACCUUCAGCAUCUUCAACUCGAGCGGAAGUGGUCAAAUCUCACGGGCAGAGCUCAAGGUUAUGAUGGACAGGCUGGGCGAGAAGUACGAGGAGAAGGACCUUGAUGAGAUGAUCAAGACCAUUGACAAGUCUGGCAACGGCGCUGUGAGCUUCGAGGACUUUGAGGCUUGCAUCCUGGGCGAUGACGAGGAGGAAUGAGCACUGCGUCUGUGUCCGUGUUCCCGCCUUCGUGUGUCUCAAUGUGAUGCAUCUCGUGUACCGUUGCUCUUUGUCGUCUCAGCCCAGCUGUGUGUCGGUUUACGAACAUGCUGUUUGCUCGUUCCUGUACUCUGCUUCCCCCCCCUCUCCCCCCGUUUGUCGCUGCCUUACUACCAUUCUCUCUCCUUGAGUUAAACCUCUUUUUUUUUUUGUGCUUGCCAUAUGUGUGCAUGUGAUCGGUUGUUUGGUUCACAGUCCCGAGGGGCUUUUCUCCUCACCGCAAUGCUGUGCCUGUGUCUGUGCAGCUGUGCAAAGGCUUGCGUGCUUGCAUGUCAUGUUGUCCACAUCACAUGAUGGGCAGCAUCCAGUCUGGCGCGUCCCGCACACACGCACGCACACACGCACGCACGCGCAUGGCGGGUUGUUUAUGUGAUUAAAGCAGUCCCCACACUCACACAA